GUUUACUGGGGGGGGGGGGUCCACAUGGUUGAUAAGAUGUUGUGAAACUCCUGCACCUGACAGGAUUGUUUAUCACUUUCUACAGACUCACGCACAGAUCUGUCCUUCAUGAGGCAGCAGGAAAAAAAAGUCACAUCUCUCAGCAGAAUAAGCACAGCUUCCUAUUACCAUGGAUAAACAAAGCACUGUGGUGUUUCGAAAUGUGGGGCAACUUUACUUCCCCGAAACCAGAGUGGAGUGUCACUAUAGCCUGACCUCUGAGCACAGGUGGAGCAGCAGCGACUGGAUUGGCAUUUUUGAGGUGGGCUGGUCUUCAGUGAAACAGUAUUACACCUACACAUGGGCUCUUGUUCCUGAAGGCUACACUGAGUGCACAGAUGUCAACUCCUGUGCACUUUUCCAUGCCUUCUACCUGCCUCAACCGAGUCCUGUGGAGUAUGAGUUUGUGUAUGUGGAUGAGAAAGGAGAGGUGUGUGCCCGCAGUCGGCCCUUCACUUUCUGUGCUCCAAAGCCACUGGAGGAGCUAGAGACUCUGAAAGAAGAGCGCGAGGAAGAGGAUGGAGAGGAGGAGCUGCUCCUAGUCAUCCCCAGGGCCCAGCUACUUCAGAGUCAGCUGGAGGAGUGCUUACAAAAACAAGUAGGUAUACAGCAUGCUCUGGACGAGGCCAAAAAGGAGAGAGAGCAGGAGAGAGAAAACAGCAAACUAGGAAAGAUGGAGUGGGAGCUUGAAAGGGAAGCUAUGAAGGGGGAGAUCACAGAGCUCAGAGACAACUUGAGACACAACAGUGACACACUGAAGAAGGUAGAGGGUAAACACAAGGACGUGAAAUACAGUCAGGAAAAUCUGACCUAUGUACUGAGUAAACUUAUGGCUGAGAAAGCCGAGAGUGAGCAGCGAGUCAGAGACCUGGAGGAGGACAUGAAGGUCCUGACUGACAGUGACAAAGAGGGAAACAUGGAACUGGAAAGACUCAAGGAAAGAGUGAAAAAAAUGUCCAGUCAAAUGACACAUGACGAGGAGAAGAGAAAGUCUCUGCAGGUGGAAAAUGAGGCAGCUCUGGUGGAGGUUCGAGGUCUGCAGGAGCGUCUGGAGGCUGCAGAGCAUGUAGCUGAGAGCCUGCGCAGGGAGUUGAGGGAGCUUGGCACCCAUCAGGGCCACACCAACACCGAGCUGCACCAAGCCCGGCUGCAGGUGGCCCAGCUCACCCUGCAGCUGUCUGAGGACAACCUGCUGCUCAGGGAGGAGCGCGCCAACUGGGCCCUAGAAAGAGAAGCCUACAAACAUGCAGCAGAGGCUGAUAUAAAGAAAUUACAAGAACUGAGCGGUGAAGUGCAGAGGAAGGAGGAGUGGCUACAGGAGGAAAGGAUAGAGAGGGAGAAACUUGAAGUAGAGCUCACAAGAGAGAGAGAUUGCAAUCGAGUGCAGCUGAGUGAUGCCAAGCAGGAGCUGCAGGAGCUGAAGGCCGGUGUGAGGAGAGCCCAGAGAGAGAGUGAGGAGCAGCAGCUGGACAAACAGGACCUGUUGAAUUACAUCCAUCAGCUGGAGCAGAAGUUGGAGAUUGUACCAGAAAAUAAAUCAAAUGUAGAAAUACCUGCAUGUAUCACUCCUGACUACUCCUCUGAGGACGACGGGGAAUUUUCCUCAGCUCCCCCCGGUUCAGUGUGUUCACCUCUUUUCCAGCCAGCUCACCUGGAACGACCUGACAGAGCUGAGACGAACACUCAGAGCAGAGAGGACACAGCAGACACUCAGGUAUGUCAUCCUACUCAAAACCUGACAAGGUGAAACACCUCCUGCAAAGUGCAAAUAUUUGUCGAGUUUCUCUAUCCAGUCUUUAUGUUCCCCCAGCUCAACCUGCAGGUUUCUUUUACACCAUAGUUUAUACUUUGGUCCAGAAUGUCCAAGACAUCUGUACUGUUGGUAUAAAAAAAGGCUUCCAGGCUAUAGAAAGGGUCACUAUCUUUAGAUUAGGUUUGCACACUGGUCACAGACUAUAGGGCAGGGUCAAGGACUAUAAAGUAUUGUAAAAAGUCUUAGGCCACGACUAGCUUUGUUGUUUUCCAUCCAUCUCUGCUUCUGUCUUUUAUCAGGAUGUGAUGAAGAAGGAACGUGAUCCCCGAGCCGGUGAAGGGAGGCAGCUGAUUCUGCCUGAACUCAUCAGCCCCGUCCUGAGUGAACUCGCUCACGCCCCCAUGUGGUAACACAGAGAAGAAUGGAAGAUCAUUGUAAACUUAUGCAAAAGUUCAACUUAUUUUUGAUUAUUAUCAUUUUACUGUUUGUAGCUGUAUGUGUAGAAAAUAGCCUUGGAAAAAUGUCCUAUUGUUGUGUGAACCUCUCACCUAAUGAUGCCUGUAUUCAAAGAACACAUGGCACAAUUUGUAGGUCUUAAGUUUGUUUGAAUAGAUAGGUUGAUAGUUUGAUUACUGCUCUAUGAGAAGACUUUUAACACUUGCCCGAGGAAACAGUUCAGUGUAUUCUAGACUCUUGAUUUUUAUCUCUACAUUUUGUAUCUUUUUCUGCAGUCUUGUCUUCAACUAUUUGAAGAAAAGUGUCAAAUGAUGCUGCAUAUAGCUUAAAAUGUAUUACAUGACAUCUUGUUUUUGAUCGCACAUCAUCUCAAAAACCUCUGCAUGUGAGUGUGAAUCAUGAAUCUGAGUGAAAAGCGUGGGUGUGUGUAACAGAUGAGUGUUAAAUGUUCUGCUGCUGCUUGUUGAGCACUGUGUCAGACUUGGAGAAUAUAAGAGUCUGUUUAUGUCAUUUUAGUGUAUUGACUGGAGACACUGGUCUCUUUAAUAAUAAACUGUGAUGAUAA